UUCUAAAUGAAGCGCUGCCCUAUACUGGGUCGUGCACCCGGUCCGAUUUUUCCCUUUGUGGACUGCACCUGAGUCUGGUUCUGCUCUGCUUUUCGUUUUCUGCACACAUUCGUUCUGCACCAUCGAAUUUAAAGUGUAAAUUUCUUUGCGUUUCCUUCACAAUACGGAAAUAUAACCAUUCAGAUCACCCUCUAGAUCGUUCGAAUUAGUUUCCUGGACUACUGUUGCUUGCUGCUCUUCUCAUGCUUGUUGGCUUAUCUUCCUCUACCUACGGCUCUGACUUGAAUGUUGGCCACAUUUCUGUUCGCAAAUCGGUCACGACUUCAUACGUACGAUGGCACUCAUUUUAUUGGACCAAAAGGACAGCAAAGCCAUGAGAAAGAAGUCCCAUCUCAGUAAUCCUCCUAAAAGGAGAAGACCUAAAUCAUCAGUCAAUGGAUUUUCAUCACAUCCUGAUAGUCAUGAUUCUGCUAGUAGGGAUUCUAGCUUGUAUCAGGACGAUGAAGAUAUUGAUGUUGAUGAUACCCCAGAGCCUAGAAUACCGGAUGAACUCAAAUGUACUGAUUAUGAUGCAUUCAAUCACUAUCUCUUUAAUGACUAUCCUCUGCAAGUAGAAGCCACUGUAGAAAAGUUGACUCUUGAUGAUUCAUUACCAUUAACGGACCAAUUGAAGAGAGCCAUUCGGCCUCCAUCAUUUGAUUCUUAUGAUAGUAUGCAUUGGCAGCCUGGUGAUGUGUAUAAUAUUGCGGGAAUGUAUCCGGAGGUAUGUGUGGAAGAGGAAGACUUCACUCGUAUCAAGAAACAGCUUGACAUGGAACAUAUUGGAAAAUGUAGUUCAUGGGAUGAAGGAAAAUCAAGCUCAUGGUACUCAUCCAAUCAUGACAGUUUUUCUGAAGAUUCUUGUGGUCAAACCAAAGCAUUCACUGCAGAUGGGAAAUUGCAGCCUGUUCAAGUACUUGCUACAGGUGAGGUUGUAGCCCCAGACAACUCUGUCUAUAAAACUGGAAGUGGUCAAUCAAAACACUCAGGAAGAAGAAAAGAGGGAAAGUCACAAAGGUUUGAGUCGUACAAAGACCUCAUUGAAAAUAAACCGAAGAAGAUUGAACCAAGUAAAGAAGUGGAGAAUCCAAGGUACAUCACGUCAAGCAAACCCCCUGUUGUGGGUCAUGAGUGCGAGAAAUGUGGCACUCUGCUCAAAACAGCAAUUAAAAUGCAAGAGCAUCUGGAAAGACACAAACAGCUGGAAAGCCUGAAAAAGCUUGCUGGACAGCUCCCAAACAAGGAGCAGUUGGUGAAAGAAGUUCCGGUGUUAGUAAACAGGGCUUUAAAAGGAAUAAUGGAUGAAGAAGCUGUAUCGAACCUUGAGAAAAGAGUGGAAGCCUAUGCCAGGCGACUUUAUUAUAACUCGUUUCCAUUGUGGAAAGAAAUUAGUCGUGAAUUGGUGCAUGAGGUGUGGCAGUAUGUUACAUUGACUGAGCUGGCACUUCUCCCAACUGUUGAUGGGGAUCAUUUUAUUUGGUCUCGAAAUAUGUGGCUUACAACAGGAGGCCGUAGGGAAUCAUUUGUUUUGAAUCUUCUUUUCCUUUAUCCAGAUGAUUCAGAAGUAGUUGAGGUGUUCUUUUACAAGUUUUUUGUAAAACUGAAUGAGGCAGUUUACAAAUUUGGGAUGAAAUGUUUAGGCUCACCAGAUGUUACUAGUGAUUCCUUGAGUGAAGAGCAUGAUGCAAGGUCAGAUCCUGGUCUAGAAGAUUUACACACUCUUUGUGCCCUCGUCUUGAGGACAUAUGUGAAAAGGGCAAGUCAAAACAAGACAGUGAAAGGAUGGAGUGCAGUGUAUAAGUGCAUGAAGCGCAAUUUCCUGGAGCACAAAGACUCUGGUAAACAUCCAAAGUCAGCUGAGAUGAAGGAUUGGGCUUUUGGCGAAUCAAAUAGCCUUGUUGCUUCUAAACAGGCAUUUAAGUUGUUUUCCCUAUUAGAGGCAGUGAUUGACAAUAUCAACAAAGUUAACCCCACAUGUGAUGGCCCAGCAGCUUUGCAUAAAUUGGUGCUUAGAGCAGUAUAUUUGAGACAAGAUAUAAUCAGAGCUUGGGAUAAAUUGGUUGCCACUUCUCAUUUUGAGGAAAUGGAUUCCUUAUUUGUCCUGGAAAUGUUGGUGAAAAGUUUUGCCUUCUUUUCUGGAUGUGCCAAUGCUCGAAAGCAAAAAGAGAGAGAGAUGGAAUAAAUCUUAAAAAUCUGUAAAAAAAAUUUCAAACUUACAUAAAAAGGAGGAAAAAACAGAAGCCUAAUGUAAGUUACUUCCUACUGAUAAUUUUUUUUAUUGUGAUGCUGUGAUGAAUUUACCUGUGUUUAUUACUUGUGUUAUCUGAAUAUAUAUUUGGAAAUUGUUGGAGGUGAACACAAUCACUUAUACUGUUUUAGGUUUGUUUCUUUUCUGUAAAUCAAAUGUACACAAUGUACAUGAUGUAUGGCAACCUAGCAGGCAAAUAGUGUCACCUAUAUUGGCUGCUGGGUUGCCAUUCAUUGAAUAAGUAUGUUCUCCCCAUAAUUUUAUUAGGGUUAUAAUCUUGACAAUUUUAAAAUUUGUCUCCUGUUGGCCCUCUAUGGUAUGAAUUUUCAUGAGUCCAGAGGUCAAACCUACCUUUCUUUGUAAGGGAAAUUCACAAUCAAUUUUGAUGAAGGACGUGUUCUGAGAUAUACUUGAAUCAUGAGUGUUGUGUGUGUAUAUGGAAACACUUGAACCGAAUAUUAAUUAAGUGUAUGGCAGUAUUCACAUUGCUGCAACCCUUGUUUUUUACUUGCUGGUUUUUAUUUUAGAAUGUCUUUGUUUCAUUUCUGUAUAUUUAUUUUUAAUCAAAUGAGCUAGUUGACUAGAUGAUGUAGCCCUCUUUCUGAGGAUUUCAUAACUUUAAUAUUAUAAUUAUUUAUUUAUU